AUGUAACCAUCUAGCCAAAGCUUAGAAGGAUAUUAAGAAACCCGAAUGAAAUUUUCAAGUUCAUGGACUUUUAUGCUUACAUCAUUAGGAUUUGCGGCAGGGUUUGGAAGUGUUUGGAGAUUCCCAUAUCGUAAGAAUAGGAUUAUACUAAUUAUUUAAGUUGUAUUUAAGAAUGGAGGAGGUACAUUUUUAAUUCCAUACUUUCUUUUGGUUUUUACUUUGGCUAUCCCAUUAUUUUUUAUAGAAGUAGGAUUAGGACAAUGUAAAGGAAUUGGAAUGGCUCACUUGUUGAAUUUAGAGAAACCUAAGUUUAGAGGAUUCGGAUAUGUUGGAAUAGUAAUUUGUGCAUAUAUAUCAUCGUAUUAUGUAAAUAUGGAAUAAAUAAAUAAAUAGAAUCUAAUUAUGGCAUAUUCUUUAAGAUAUUUGUGGGAAUCAUUUAAAUACCCAAUACCAUGGAUGGCGAGCAUAAUGGUAGAAAACAAGCCAUUUUCAAGAGAUUAUUUUUAUGAUUCUAUAGUUUAGAUUUCAAGCUCAAUAACAGAUUUAAGUAAUUGAAAUAUAAAUAUAUUAGAUAAUAUAAUAUGGAGUUUAUUUAUAGCAUAUAUAGUAUCAUUAAUAAUUGUAUAUUUUUGUAUAAAGUAAGUAUUGAUGAUUAUAUUAAUAGAGAAGGAGUGGAGACUUCGGGAAAAAUAGCGAUGGUAACAGCUACAUCACCUUAUGUUUUAUUAAUGAUUCUAUUAAUAAGGGGUUUAAUGUUAGAAGGUUCAAGUGAAGGAAUUUAUUAUUUAUUUAAACCAGACUAUAUUAAAUUAUUUAAUCCUUAAGUUUGGGUAGAUGCUGCUAAUUAAGUCAUAUUUUAAAUGUCAGUUGGAUAAGCAAUUCUUACAUUAUAUGGAAGUUACAGAAAGAAGGAUGAUAAUUUACCUAUUUUUUCUUUUGCUAUACCAUUAUUAACUGCAUUAUGUGGAAUGUUAGCUGGUUUAGUCGUAUUCAGUUAUAUUGGACAUGUUAGUUUUAAAUAUAAUGUGUAAAUUUAAGAAUUACCAGUAUUUAUGAUAAAGAUAAUUAGUUAUCUGGUCCAGAUUUGGCAUUUGUUUUAUAUCCAGCUAUUUUAGCUUAGAUGCCAAUGCCAAAUUUAUGGUGUAUUUUGUUCUUUUUAGUAUUAUUAUUGUUGGGAAUUGAUACUUAAUUUGGAUUUGUAGAUGGGAUUGCAGGAACAAUUGAAGACAUUUUUUUAGGGGAAGUAAUGUUAUUUGGCCAAAAAUUAACAGUUUAAUAAGUUAGAUUAAGUGUAUGCAGUUUUUUAGGAGUGAUAGGGAUAAUCUAUUGUACUGAUAUUGGAUUUUAUGUCUUGAGUUUUGUUGAUACUUUUGGAACCAAUGUUUCAUAUAUGUUAGGAAUAUUGUUUGAAGUGUUUUAUUUUGGAUCAAAAGAGAGAUUUGAAUUAUUUAAGAGAGAUUUAGAGAAACAUGGCAAUAAAGUACCAAGGUUGGUUGAAUUUUCAUUAACAAAACUCUGUCAUUAUACUGUCAUUUUGUUGCUAAUAAUUUCAGUUAUCUCUUAAAUAAAAAAUUCUCUUGAUUAUUAAUUUUAUAUUGCUAUGAUUGGAUGGUUUAUUUCUUUAUCUCCAUUUAUUGCUGCGAUUAAAAUCUAUUUUGAGUAAAAUUAUUAAUUUAAAUCAUAGAAAUUGGAAUAAGAUAGAUAUAAACAAUAAUGAUCUGGAUAUAGAGUUGUUGACAAAGUAGUAGUGAUUUAAAAUAUAUAUUGUGUAACCAUUUCAUAUUUAUAGUAAUAUAAAAUAUUAUAUAAAUAAGUAGUUAAAUGGGAGGAAAUUGUUCAAAUUGUAAUUAAUGUUAAAAAGAUAAAAUGGAAUUAAAUAAUGAGGUAGAGGUAACGAAAAAGUCAGAUAGUUAAAAAGUAUCAUCUUUAUCACAAUAAUCAUCGAACAGUUUAAUCGAUGGUGUAAUAAAAUUGAAAUUUAUAGAAAGAAUGAUGUAAAGUAGACAAAGUGCACUCCAAAAGAAUAAAAGAAUAAAAAGUUUUCUGUAUUUUCUGAUGAUCAAGAGAAAGAAAAAAAGAAAGAGAGUAAUUUAAAUGAAAAGGCUAUAGUAAUACAAAAGAAUUGGAAAGGGCAUAAAGUAAGAGAAAGUUAUAAGGAAGUAAAGAAAUCGUUAUCAGAAUCUUAGAAGGGAAAUGAGAAGCAAGAAUAAUAAUAAUAAUAAAAUGAUCAAGUUACAGUAGCAAGUAAAGAUAAAAAGAAAUACUUUAACUCAUUGGAAUUUGGAAGUAAUAUAUGAAUUAAUAAUAUUGUUAGUGAAUAAUGUGAGUAAUUAUUAAUCAAGAGAGAAGAGACCUUUAUUUGUUUUUAAGAGUGGUGCAACAUAUGAAGGAGAAUGGGUAGGAAAUAAGAGAGAUGGAAAAGGUGUGUAGAUUUGGCCUGAUGGAGCAAGAUAUGAUGGAGAAUGGGUUGAUAAUAAAGCAUGUGGAAAGGGUAGUUUUUAUCAUGUAGAUGGUGAUUCAUAUAUUGGAGAAUGGGCAGAUGAUAGAGCAAAUGGUUAUGGUGUUUAUAAGUAAAGUAAUGGUGCUGUGUAUGAAGGAUAUUGGAGAAAUGAUUAAUAACAUGGAAAAGGAGAAGAAAAAUGUAAUAUAUAUUAUGAAUAAGAUAGGGUCUGAUUUAUCUUGUUAUAAAGGUGAUUAUUUUGAAGGUAAAAAAUAAGGAAAAGGAAAGUAUAUUUGGCCUGAUGGUAGUUAUUAUGAAGGAGAUUGGUAUGAUAAUAAAAUUAAUGGAUAUGUAAAUCAUAAUUAUAUUCAAAUUAUAGGGAGAAUAUUAUUGGUCAGAUGGCAGAAUUUAUAAAGGAUCAUGGAUGAAUAACAAAAUGCAUGGAGAAGGAUUAUAUCAAUGGGCUGAUGGAAGAAUAUAUCAUGGUUCUUAUGUGGAUGAUAAAAAAUAAGGUAUUGGAAAAUAUAAAUGGCCAGAUGGUAAAUAAUAUGUAGGAGAAUGGCAUGAUGGUAAAUAACAUGGAAAAGGAAAAUAUAUUUUAUCUGAUGGAAAAACUAAAUUUGGAAUAUGGGAUUAAGGAAGAAGAUUAAAAUGGACUGAAGAAUGA